AAUACAUGGAUGGAACCAUGAAGAUCAAGAUUAUCCAGAAAUAGAACCAGAUUUUCAGAGUUGAAAUUUAGUUCUAAAUGAUGAAAAUUAACUCAUGUUCACCUUCAUCAACUCGUUACUACAGAGAUUAUAUCAUCAUCCAAAGGCUUAGAGAGAAAGAUAGAGAAAGUGAUGAUGAUGAAGGAGAAGAAAAAAUCAAAUCAUUUAUUCUUUGUCAAGGUUACUAUGGAUGAUUAUCAGGUUCUCCCAUUUUAAAGAUACUCCUCUUAAUCCAUGAUCUUUAAAAAGCAGUUUCUCCUCAUCUUGAUUAUACUUGUGUCCACGUUUGUCCAUCCAACUAACUGACCAUUACAAUGGAUUUAAUAAGUUUCUCUUUUGUUUACUCCAUCUUUUGCCUUGGAAUCAUUUUGUUCAUCUUGAACAAAAUCAUCUUUCGAUCUGCACCCAAAUUUGGUGAAUAUGCUCCAUCACCAUUUCGAUUUCCAAUAAUUGGACAUCUUCAUCUAUUAGCAAAAUUCCCUGACGAUCCUUGGAAAGGAUUUGAGGCAAUUCGUCAGCGAUUUGGUGAUGUUGUCUCUCUCCGAUUAGGAUCAGUCGAUGCAAUCAUGGUCUCAUCUUUGGAAACAAUUAAAGAAGUUCUUCUUACCAAAGGUAAAAUUUUCUCUGAUAGGCCAGAUUUCUAUCGAUAUCAUUUAAUUUUCGGAGGUGAUCGACAAAAUGCAUUGGCUUUGUGCGAUUGGUCUGAGCUACAAAAAACUCGUCGUGUCCUUUGUGCGAUAUCAACGGCACCCAAGUUUAGUUCAAAUUCAUUUGAUAUGCUCGAUAAAGCGGUUACAUCGGAAGUGGGAAAAUUUUUAAAAUACAUUGAAUCAUCUUCAGAUUUAAUUCUGACUAAAUGUUGGACCAGACAAUUUUCUUCAAACGUUUUCACUCAAUAUCUUUGCGCCUCAAGGCUGGAGUACAAUGAUCCUAAUCUCAUUAGACAAGCUCACAAUUACGAUUACGUUUUCUACGAUGUCAGUCAAUGUGGUCCAGUUGACUUUAUGCCGUUCUUAAAGAAAUUAGGCUUUUUCCGUGGUUAUAUCAAGGAAUUGGACACAAUCUCUAAUUCUUUGAGAGUAUUCGUUGAAGAUGUUCUAGUGAAGCCUCGAUUAGCUGAGAUCAAGAAAUCAUCAUCUUUAGAAGGAAAAUUUGACCUAAGCUCUUGCGAUUCGAUGAUUUCUCUUGACCUAAUGUACAAAUAUCAUAUCGAAAAUCCUGAAGAUUUUACUUAUGAACAUUUCUUAUUGUCAAUCGGUGAUCUUGUUGGAGGCUCUGCUGCCAUUUCUAAUAUGUUGAUGAGAAUCCUUGGUCAUCUAGCAAUGGACAUGGAAGUACAAGAGGAAAUGUACCAAGAAAUAGCGGCAUCUGCUCGUGAACACGAUACCGAUAUUAUUAGUAUUAAGCAUCGACCUUACAUUCCACUUGCCGAAGCUUCAAUUCUAGAAGCUUUGAGACUUUCAUCGUCACCAAUUGUGCCCCAUGUUCCCACUCAGGACACAACAAUUGGAGGAUAUUUUGUACCCAAAGGAACAAUGAUUUUAUUCAACAAUUGGCGAAUGAACUUUUCCUCUGAUUUCUACACCGAACCAGCACAAUUUCAACCCUCUCGAUUCCUCCACUAUUCUACUAACAACAAUUCCCCAAGUAAAUGGCAGAUCAAAAAGCCUGAAGUCUUCAUGCCAUUUUCCGUUGGUCAACGAUCUUGCCUCGGAUUCAAACUGACCCAAAAUAUAACAUUCGCUAUUCUCUGUAACCUUUUACUCAAAUACAAGGUCGAACCUGUUGACCCAAUUGAAACAAUCAGAGAACAUGUUAAAUUUGGUAUUCUAGCAUUAAAAGUAAAUGAUUGUUUCCGGGUUCAAUUAAUUCCAAGAGAAUGAGAACAAUCAAAAAGAAAAUGAAAAUCAAUCAAUCAACUUAUUCUUUACAAUGUAACAAUUAAUAUCUAUUCUUAUAUUUUCAUCAGUUUUUUAAACAAAAUUCAAUUAUCAACUCAUAUAUUUAUUUAUACACUUCUUUUAAUUGUAAUAAUUAACGACUUGUGAACAGAGAGAGAGAGAGAGAGAAAGUACAAUUUGCUAACUGUGAGAAUCAAAAUGAACUUUUUUGUCCAAACUACAAUUAAAA